AUGGACUGCUCCAAGAGGAGCGUGGGCGCGGUGGCCGGCCUCCCUGACGACACCCUGGUGGAGAUCCUCUCCCGCGUUCCGUUUAAGUCACUCUGCAGAUGCAAGUGCGUCUCCAAGGCCUGGUGCGACCUCAUCACUGACCCCCUCAACCGCAAGAAGCUACCUCAGACCCUAGAAGGGUUCUUCUUAGUUGUUGACGGCUGCGUCGACGACUCCGACAGUGACGAUGGAGAUGGCGAAGACAUCGGCAGUGAUGGAGGCAGCGACAACUCUGACAGUGAUGAUGGAGAUGGCGAAGACAGUGGUAGUGAUGCAGGCGGCAAAAACUCCGACAUUGAUAAUGGAGAUGGUGAAGUCAGCGGCAGUGAUGGAGGCGGCGACGAUAGCCACAGUGCCAAUACAGAUGGUGAAGACAAGAGCGGUGACGAUGGAGGUGGCGACGACAAUGACAGUGAUGAUGGAGAUGGUGAAGACAGCAGUAGUGAUGGAGGCGACAAUGACAACUUGCAACACCAAGUCUGUGUGCAUUUCAUCGACAUGUUAGGGAGACCCCCGCGUCCUGUGGACCAUUGCUUCCCGUUCCUGACUGAGCUGCCGGGCAUUGUGAACAUCUAUAGCUGUGAUGGACGUGGAAGGCAACACAAGGAAGAUCAUCCCUGUGCCCUUUCAGGAGGGCGAUGA